GUGCGAUCAGACUUAUUUACUGUGCCCUUAAAACCCAGGUAGACAAAAUUAAACAGGGAAGAAAAUCGAAGACGAAGCAAAAGCAAAAUGGGACGGAAGAACUGAGGAGUUGGUGAGAUUUGAUUCAUCGUUCCUGCUUGAUCUUGGUGAAUUCUGAGCUGAAUCGUCGUUCUUCGCCAUGGCUGCACCGUUUUUCUCAACGCCGUUUCAGCCCUACGUGUACCAGAGUCCACAAGAUGCUAUGAUACCGUUUCAAAUUCUGGGUGGUGAAGCUCAAUUGGUGCAGAUAAUGUUGAAGCCGGAAGAAAAGGUUAUAGCAAAGCCUGGUUCAAUGUGCUUCAUAUCCGGGUCGAUCGAAAUGGAAAAUGUUUUUGUUCCUGAAAAUGAAGUAGGGGUGUGGCAGUGGCUUUUUGGCAAGACAGUGAGUAGCAUAGUUUUUCACAAUAACGGUCAAGGCGAUGGGUUUGUUGGAAUUGUUGCACCUUCUCUGGCCAGAAUUCUCCCGAUUGAUUUGGCAAUGUUUGGCGGAGAGAUUUUGUGCCAGCCAGAUGCAUUCCUUUGUUCCGUUAAUGAUGUUAAAGUCAGUAAUACCGUUGACCAAAGGGCUCGUAAUAUUAUUCCUGGUGCAGAGGGUUUUGUAAGACAGAAGUUAUCUGGCCAAGGGCUUGCAUUUAUAAUUGCAGGUGGAUCUGUUGUACAGAAAAAUCUUGAUGCGGGCGAGGUACUAUCUGUUGAUGUUUCUUGUAUAGCAGCUGUGACUGCAACAGUCAACAUCCAAAUCAAAUACAAUGGGCCCAUGAGAAGAGCAGUGUUUGGUGAAAACUAGCAGUAUCAUAGCGGUUCUUUUCAAUAUGACCAGAUCAAUAGAAACAAGGGAUCUCUUCUGCGGUGGAAAUGCUUUGUAAAUUUCUUUUUUCUUUUGGAAGGAUGUACUGUAAAUUUAGAUAGUGGGCGUUUUACAUGUACUCGAGCAAUUAUAUGCAGGUUGUUUUUCCUUUUCUUGGUUCAUUCCUUGCUCAUAAGAUGAUAUUUUGGUAACAUUUUUGUUUCUUUUU